UGGGCGGCCCCGAGCCAUGGACAGCAGCGGGCCCUUCAGUUGCCCCAUCUGCCUGGAGCCGCUUCGGGAGCCGGUGACACUGCCCUGCGGCCACAACUUCUGUCUGGCCUGCCUGGGUGCGCUCUGGCCGCAUCGCGGCGCGGGUGGCGCCGGCGGGCCCGGGGGCGCGGCCCGCUGCCCGCUGUGCCAGGAGCCCUUUCCCGACGGCCUGCAGCUCCGCAAGAACCACACGCUGUCCGAGCUGCUGCAGCUCCGCCAGGGCUCGGGCCCCGGGUCUGGGCCCGGGCCCGCCCCGACCCCGGCCCUGGAGCCCUCGGCGCCCAGCGCGCCGCCCAGCACCCCGGAGCCGUCGGCUCCCUGCGCGCCCGAGCCGUGGCCGGAGGGCGAAGAGCCGGUGCGCUGCGACGCGUGCCCCGAGGGCGCGGCCCUGCCGGCCGCCCUCUCCUGCCUCUCUUGCCUCGCUUCCUUCUGCCCCGCGCACCUGGGCCCGCACGAGCGCAGCCCCGCGCUGCGCGGGCACCGCCUGGUGCCGCCGCUGCGCCGGCUGGAGGAGAGCCUGUGUCCGCGCCACCUGCGGCCGCUCGAGCGCUUCUGCCGCGCCGAGCGCGUGUGCCUGUGCGAGGCCUGCGCCGCCCAGGAGCACCGCGGCCACGAGCUCGUGCCGCUGGAGCAGGAGCGCGCGCUCCAGGAGGCCGAGCAGCCCAAAGUCCUGAGCGCCGUGGAGGACCGCAUGGACGAGCUGGGUGCCGGCAUUGCACAGUCCCGGCGCACGGUGGCCCUCAUCAAGAGUGCAGCCACGGCAGAGCGCGAGAGGGUGAGUCGGCUGUUUGCGGAGGCCACGGCUGCCCUGCAGGGCUUCCAGACCAACGUGCUGGGCUUCAUCGAGGAGGGGGUGGCUGCCAUGCUGGGCCGCUCCCAAGGUGACCUGCGGCGACAGGAGGAACAGCGCAGCCGCCUGAGCCAGGCCCGCCACAACCUCAGUCAGGUCCCCGAGGCUGACUCAGUCAGCUUCCUGCAGGAGCUGCUGGCACUAAGGCUGGCCCUGGAGGAGGGGUGCGGCCCUGGGCCCGGCCCCCCGAGGGAGCUCAGCUUCACCAAGUCAUCCCAAGCAGUCCGGGCAGUGAGAGACCUGCUGGCCGAGGCCUGCGCCAGCCAGUGGGAGCAGCUGCGGGGGCUGGACAGCGAUGAGGACAGGCUGCAGAAGCUGGGCUCGGAAGCCGAUGCCGAGUCCCAGGACCCCGACAGCACCGACCACCUGGAGAGUGAAGCUCCCCGGGACUAUUUCCUCAAGUUCGCCUAUAUCGUCGACCUGGACAGUGACACGGCAGACAAGUUCCUGCAGCUGUUCGGAACCAAAGGUGUCAAGAGGGUGCUGUGUCCCAUCAACUACCCUGAGUCGCCCACCCGCUUCACCCACUGUGAGCAGGUGCUGGGCGAGGGCGCCCUGGACCGGGGCACCUACUACUGGGAGGUGGAGAUCAUCGAGGGCUGGGUCAGCGUGGGCGUCAUGGCCGAAGGCUUCUCCCCCCAAGAGCCCUACGACCGGGGCCGGCUGGGCCGCAACGCCCACUCCUGCUGCCUGCAGUGGAACGGGCGCAGCUUCUCCGUGUGGUUCCAUGGGCUGGAGGCGCCCCUGCCCCAGCCGUUCUCACCCACAGUGGGCAUCUGCCUGGAAUACGCCGACCGCGCCCUGGCCUUCUACGCCGUGCGGGACGGCAAGGUGAGCCUCCUGCGGAGGCUGAAGGCCUCCCGGCCCCGCCGGAGUGGCGCCCUGGCCUCCCCCACCGACCCCUUCCAGAGCCGCCUGGACAGCCACUUUGCGGGGCUCUUCGCGCACAGGCUCAAGCCUGCCUUCUUCCUGGAGAGCGUGGACGCCCAUCUGCAGAUCGGGCCCCUCAAGAAGUCCUGCAUAUCGGUGCUGAAGAGGAGGUGAUGCCGGGCACGCGCCCUCCUGAGGCAGGGUCGGCUCCGGGAAGCUGGCUCCUCUGGGCCCUCAUCCUCCCCAGGGAAGGCACCAGCCUUGGAGUCCCACACUCCUCGCCUUCUCGUUUCUAGAGGCCUCCACCUUCGAUACACUUGGCCUUCCGCCUCUCAGAAAGGAGGCCCCCGCAGCCCUGUCCCCCGGCAGGACUGGACAGAGCCAAGCUACUCCAACCCCUUUUCCAGGUUUCUAGAACAGUGCCUGGUGUGUAGUAGGUGCACAAUAAACAUUGUUGACUG